CGCGGACCCCCCGGCCCUUCAUUAUUCCAGUUCUUUCCCAUCGUCGACGGCGCGCCGUGACUAGUGAGCAGUGCGUGCCCCCGGCAAAGCAAGGAGGAGAGAGGUGGACGACGAAGAAGAUGAGCAGGCUGGACACGAAGACGCUCAAGGACGAGCUGACGAGCAUGGACAGACGGUGCCUCCUGGACCUCGGCCACCCGCUCCUCAACCGCGUCGCCGACAGCUUCAUCCGCGCCGCCGGUGUCGGGGCGGCCAGGGCCGUCUCCAGGGAGGCCUACUUCGUCACCGUCGAAGGGCUUUCAGGAGACUCGUCCGGGCUGGACCCCGACGGCGGCAAGAGGAGCCAUUUCUCCAGCAUCAGAGGUGAUGACGGCCAGAGGUCGCUCGACGCAGUGGUAAAAACGGCUGGCAAGGAGGCCUUCCAGUGGGGGUUGGCAGCCGGAGUCUAUUCCGGGCUCACGUACGGCCUGAGGGAGGCCAGGGGAUGCCACGACUGGAAGAACAGCGCAAUUGCAGGUGCAAUCGCUGGGGCGGCGGUGGCGCUCACGGGUGACGCCGGCAGCCACUCCGACAAGCUCGUCCAUUUCGCCAUCACCGGCGCUGCGCUCUCCAGUGCCGCGAGCUUGCUCUCCGGCAUAUUCUGAUUGAGCCCAUGGCACCGGACCCGUGUUCGCUGCCUGGUUUAGGCUCUUAAUCCAGGGUUUUAGCAUGAAAGGUUGAAUUCAGGCUAUCAAUGAAAUGUAUUUCUAGGUCCCUGUCAGCAGCUUCCUGCCACUCCUGCACUUUGGACUUCCACUGUAAUCCUUGCUUCGUGUAUGAAUUUCUUCAAAUUAUCUUCUCUGUUCGAGUUUCCCAAGACACAUUUCAAAUUA